UGCCGGCCUAUUAAGAUGUACUAGAAUGGUGCAGCCAAGAAGUGUGUUACCACUAUUGUUGUUGCUGCUACUGGCAGUGACAGAAGCACACAUUCCUCGAGUGUGCACCACAGAACUACACCGUUCUCUGAAAAGAUGCUGCCCUGACUUUGAAGGUUCACCUUGUGGGUUGGCUCAAGGCAGAGGAGAAUGCGUUAGAUUUGAGGCACCAUUUAAGAUAUGGCCACCUCCGUUAUACAAUGAAUAUUGCAAGUGCAAAGGGAACUUUGACACAUUCGACUGCAGUCAGUGCAAGCCCGGUUUCACAGGCGCUAACUGUACCGAACCUCAGCACUAUGUUAGGAAGGAGAUCACCAGUUUGACUGAGGAAGAGAGAAAAAGACUGUAUGACGAUUUGCAGAAGGCGAAACACGAAUACAGCGAGAGAUAUGUGAUCGUCACAAGAGAAUUCAAUGACACAGAUCUGGUAUUUGAAAAUGCCACUGUGUAUGAUUUGUUUGUCUGGAUGCACUAUUUCGCAGGUAGGGCGGCAGCUGAAGGGGGCAAAAAUGCAGCCCAUCAGGGUCCUGCGUUCCCCUUCUGGCACAGGUACUACCUGCUCUUCAUGGAACGUGAGAUCAGAGAUCUGACCGGGGACAAGGAGUUCUUCAUCCCCUACUGGGACUGGACCAAGACAGACCACUGCAACAUCUGCACCAAUGAUUUGAUGGGAGACAGCCCUGGCGGAAACAUCAGCCAGGAGUCAGCCUUCUCCCUCUGGCAGACAGUUUGUACUUAUGAUGAUGAGAUAACUCCUCUGGGGGGGUACAGGAGAAUAUGUGUCAAACCUGAGAACGACACCCACAUUAAAUAUAUUCAACGAUCGCCAGGAGAAAACAGCGAAAGCAACGCCCUUCCCACGAUAGAAGACCUGAAAACAGUCCUUGACACGGAGGAGUACGACACGCCGCCUUACAAUCGGCAUUCAAAGAACAGCUUCCGAAAUCGCCUGGAGGGGUUUGACCUCUCAAUCAGCAGUAAUAACCUUAGUGAUGCCAUGCACAAUCUGGUGCAUGAUUACUUCAAUGGAACCUUGUCACAUGUGCCGAUUGCUGCCAACGACCCCAUCUUCAUGCUACACCACGCCAUGAUUGACAAGAUUUUGGAGGAAUGGCUGAUAAAACACCCAAACAUGACGUACCCGAUAAGUGACGAGAUCCCACCGAUUCAGAGGGCAGACAGUCUCAUGCGACCCUUCUUCCCACCUGUACGCAAUGAUCACCUGGUCGGCUACACGACAAAACAGCUUGGCUACGAGUACAAAUAGCCUGAUUUUGACAACACAUCAGUUAAAAAAACCCGUGCUAAUACACUGCUUCUUUGAUAACACAUCUGGUUGUUGCUCAAUAAAUGCAGAAAUGAGCUGAAGUUAACUAAAUUUGACUGUCAUCCUGCGAGGUAAAAUGAAAAUGGAACCCUACAUACCCAUCACAAGCGUGAUUAACAACAGUUAUGUAUGCCAUAAAAACACAAGAAAAGGUUUGGCAGAAAUCAGGGCUUCAUGAUGUUCUCCUUGGAUGGGUUACUUUUCUCUGUCUUCAUCCUAUUUUGGGUAUCAUCCAUCUUCACUACAGGUAGAUACAACAUUGUCUUUUUCAGAUGGUUUUAUAAGAAGUGAGUUUGGGAAUCCUGAGAGAGGCACUUUUCGACCUUCAUCA